AAGAAGACGGACUUGCAUAAUUGCAUGAUAAACAAAGAAGGCGGCUAGGGUUCCCUCAUUUACCCAAAAGAAUAGCAUAAUUUGCAAAUUGCAGAUAAGGCAUUACUCCAAAAAAAAAAAAUACAAUCAAGUUUGAAGACUGAAAUUUUCUUACAGAAAAUCUAUUACUUACUGCUGGAGAUCGAAAGAUGGAUACCAAUUCAUCAAUCAGCAUCCCAGAAGUGGUUCUUAGCUCUAGCAACCGGAGAAUGCCACUACUGGGGAUGGGCACAGCAACUUCUCCUCCAGUGCCACCAGAAGAAACUAAAGCAGCGAUUAUUCAAGCUAUUGAGCUUGGUUACAGACAUUUUGAUACAGCCGCACUCUACCUGACAGAGGAGCCUCUAGGCGAAGCCAUUGCCGAAGCACUUUCUCGUGGCUUGAUUAAAUCCCGAGAGGAACUCUUUAUUACCUCAAAGCUUUGGUGCAGCAAUGCUCAUAGCGAUCUCGUUCUGCCGGCCCUUCAAAAGAGUCUCCAGGCUCUUCAGUUGAAGUACAUUGAUCUUUAUCUGAUCCAUUGGCCCGUGAGCUCGAGGCCAGGGACCUUUGAGUUCCCAAUAAAGCAAGAGGAUUUUUUACCCAUGGAUUUUAAAGGAGUCUGGAGAGCUAUGGAAGAGUGCCAGAAAAUUGGACUCACCAAAUCAAUUGGUGUCAGCAAUUUUUCCUGUAAGAAACUCUCGGAAAUCCUUUCCAUAGCAGAGAUUCCUCCAGCUGUUAAUCAAGUAGAGAUAAACCCGCUAUGGCAACAAAAGAAGCUGCUGGAGUUCUGUAAGGAAAAUGGAAUAGUGUUGACAGCUUAUGCUUCUCUAGGAGCCAGGGGAACCAUUUGGGGUAGCAACAGGGUGAUGGAGAACGAAACGCUUAUUCAGAUUGCAAGUGCCAAAAGAAAGAGUGUUGCUCAGAUGUGCCUUAGGUGGGCAUAUGAGCAAGGGACCUGUGUGUUGGUGAAAAGUUUUAACAAGGAGAGGAUGAAACAGAACCUCGACAUAAUUAACUGGACAUUGAGCGAGGAAGAAAGCAAACAGAUCAGUGAGAUUCCUCAAAGUAGAGGAUGUCGAGGAGAAGACUACAUCUCAGAGAAGGGACCUUUCAAGACAGUAGAGGAGCUUUGGGAUGGUGAAAUUUGAUCUUGAAUAAAUUCUUAGCUUCAUGCACAAACGAAAUAUGGGACUCAUGUUCUUGCCUUUCCCAUUUCAAUCAGUAUUUGUCAUUAGGUUAUGAUGAAAGAUGAUUAUGUCUUGCAAUCAAUGAUUCCAUUGAAAAUAAAGAAAAGUUUGAAAGAAA